CAAGACCCAUGGAUUUGGCCAUUUUUCCUGUCUAGAGGCAGUUCUCAUAUUUCUGCUUGUUCCAUCCAGGAAAAGGAGGGGAAAGGAUUUGAACGCAGACGCAGAAAUGAGAGAGAAUUCACCGGGAGUUCAUCAAACUGAGUUAAAAUAGUUAAAGACUUCUAACAGGUGCCUGGCACAGAGAAGGAGCAAAUAUUUCUCGUAAUGCUGCAGCAUUUAAUAAUUUUUAUUCUUGGAUUGGUUGUGCAAAAUGUCUGUUCCCCAGCUGAAACUACGGGACGGGCAAAAAGAUGCGAUAAGAAUUCUUUUCUUACAAUUAGGACCGAUUGCCGAUCCUGUUCACUCAACUUUGGAAUCAAAUGUCCAAAUGGUUAUACCAAGAUUACCAAUGGCUCUGUAGGGGUUCGAGAUUGCAGGUACACCUUUGAGGUCAGAACACACUCCCUGUCUCUUCCUGGAUGCCGGCACAUCUGCAGGAAGGACUAUCUCCAGCCUCAGUGCUGUCCAGGCCACUGGGGUCCAGACUGCAUGGAGUGUCCAGGAGGAGCGGUGUCCCCUUGCAGUGGCAGGGGCAGCUGUGCCGAAGGCAUGGAAGGAAACGGAAACUGCAACUGCCAAAAAGGAUUUGGUGGAACGGCCUGUGAAACCUGUGCUGAUGACAACUUAUUUGGACCAAGCUGUUCGGGAGUGUGCAACUGUGUACAUGGAGUGUGCAACAGUGGAACAGAUGGCAAUGGAACCUGUGAGUGCUACUCUGCAUACACUGGCCCCAACUGUGACAAGCCUCUCCCCGAGUGUGCAUCCUUACUCUGCCCAGAAAAUUCCAGAUGCUCACCUUCCAGGAAAGAUGAAACCAAACUAGAAUGCAAAUGCCUUCCCAAUUUCAAAGGCGACGGCAAAUACUGUGAACCCAUCAAUCCAUGUUUACAAAACAUCUGCCACCCCCAUGCUCGUUGCACCUACCUGGGACCAAAUCGGCACAAUUGUACCUGCCAAGAAGGCUACCACGGGGAUGGCCAAGUGUGCUUACCGAUAGACCCUUGCCAAGAGAACUUUGGAAACUGCCCUACAAAGUCUACGGUGUGCAUAUAUGAUGGACCUGGGCAGUCUCACUGUGAGUGUAACAAACAUUACCACAGUUUUGUACCUGGAGUGGGGUGCAGUGUGACCGACAUCUGUGAGUCAAAUAACCCCUGUCACAGGAAUGCAAACUGUACCACCAUUGCACCAGGCCAAACUGAAUGCACUUGUCAGAAAGGAUAUGUGGGAGACGGCUCAGUGUGUUAUGGAAACAUCAUGGAGCGACUCAGGGAAUUAAACAUUGAACCCGGAGGAAAAUGGCAAGGAAGGCUGACCUCUUUCAUCUCGCUCCUGGACAAAGCUUAUGCCCGGCCAUUAAGUAACCUGGGACCAUUCACUGUGCUGGUGCCAACAGACAAGGGACUGAAAGGAUUCAAUGUAAAAGGGCUUUUGAUGGAUGAUGAGGCUGCUCUGUACUUUGUGAAACUCCACAUAAUUGCUGGGCAGAUGAACACCGAGCAUUUAAAUAACACAGACAUAUUCUAUACCUUGACUGGAAGGUCGGGGGAAAUCUUCAGCGGUGAUAAGGACAAUCAACUUAAGCUUAAACUCAAUGGAGGCAAAAAGAAGGUAAAAAUUAUCCAGGAGGACCUAGUUGCUUACAAUGGGCUCCUGCACAUCAUCGACAGAGCCAUGGACAAGAUGGCACCCACAUUUGAGAGCAACACUGAGAAAACCAUAAUGACGAUGCUACAACCAAGAUACAGCAAGUUCAGAUCCUUAUUAGAGGAAACCAAUGUGGGACAUGCCUUAGAGGAGGACGGGGUUGGUGGACCAUACACCAUUUUUGUUCCAAGUAAUGAAGCAUUGAAUAACAUGAAGGAUGGCACUCUUGACUAUCUCCUUUCUCCAGAGGGAUCCCGGAAGCUUCUGGAACUCGUCAGAUACCACAUUGUCCCGUUUACCCAGCUUGAAGUGGCCACUCUGAUUUCAAACCCCCACAUACGGAGCAUGGCCAACCAGAUGAUACAGUUUAACACAACCAAGAAUGGGCAAAUUCUGGCAAACGAUGCAGCAAUGGAAGAAAUUGAGGUCGUUGCCAAAAAUGGCCGAAUUUAUACACUGGCUGGCGUUCUCGUCCCUCCCUCCAUUGUCCCAAUCCUGCCCCACCGGUGUGAUGAAACAAAGAGAGAAAUGAAACUGGGCACUUGCGUGAGCUGCUCCCUGGUGUACUGGAGCACCUGUCCUGCCAACUCUGAGCCCACAGCACUGUUCACGCACAAGUGUGUCUACACUGGCAGGACAAGAAGUCUGAAGAGUGGCUGUGCCAGAUACUGUAACACCACUGUGCAGAUCCCAAAGUGCUGCAAAGGCUACUAUGGUCCCGACUGCAAUCGAUGUCCGGGAGUCUUCUUGAAGCCAUGCUCUGGAAAUGGACAGUGUGAUGACGGCCUCAGUGGCAAUGGGACAUGCACCUGUGAGGAUGGCUUCCAAGGCUCGCGGUGUCAAUUCUGCUCUGAUCCCCAAAAGUAUGGACCUCGGUGUGACCAAAAAUGUCUGUGUGUUCAUGGAAUGUGCAAUAACAGGAUAGACAGUGAUGGGGCCUGUCUUGCCGGCACGUGCAGAGACGGCUCUGCUGGAAAAUUCUGCGACAAGCAGAUCUCAGCCUGUGGGCCCUACAUGCAGUUCUGCCAUAUCCAUGCCUCCUGUGAAUACAGCAAUGGGACAGCCAGCUGUGUUUGCAAAGCAGGAUAUGAAGGAGAUGGAAUCCUCUGUUCUGAGAUGGACCCUUGCACAGGAUUAACCCCUGGGGGCUGCAGCCCCAAUGCAGAAUGCAUCAAAACUGGCACCGGGUCCCACAGGUGUGUGUGCCAGCAGGGAUGGACCGGGAAUGGGAGAGACUGCUCAGAGAUCAACAACUGUCUGCUGCCUGGCGCUGGUGGCUGCCACGGCAACGCAACCUGUUUGUACGUAGGCCCAGGGCAGAAUGAGUGUGAGUGUAAGAAAGGAUUCCGAGGCAAUGGGAUUGACUGUGAACCAAUAACUUCAUGCUUGGAACAAACCGGGAAAUGUCACCCAUUGGCCACCUGUCAGUUGACUUCUUCUGGCAUCUGGAGCUGUGUUUGUCGAGAGGGCUAUCAAGGAGAUGGCCUUCUGUGCUAUGGAAACGCAGUCGUGGAAUUGUCAUUUCUCUCUGAAGCAGCUAUAUUUAACCAGUGGAUAAAUGAUGCUUCUCUACAGCCCAUGCUGUCAGCUGCUUCAAACCUUACUAUCCUCGUUCCUACACAACAAGCUAUCAAGGACAUGGACCAAGACGAGAAAACCUUUUGGUUGUCAAAGGGCAAUAUUCCUGCCCUAAUAAAAUACCAUACACUACUAGGCACGUAUGGAGUGGCAGAUCUGCAGAGUCUGUCGUCUUCUGACAUGCUGGCAACAUCUUUGCAGGGCAACUUCCUUCAACUGGAGAAAACGGAUGGAAAUAUCACAAUUGAAGGAGCUUCCAUCAUCGAUGGGGACAAUGCAGCCACAAAUGGACUGAUACACAUAAUUAACAAGGUUCUGGUUCCCCAAAGAAGUCUAACUGGUUCCUUACCAAACCUGCUCACCCGGCUGGACCAGAUGCCCAAUUAUUCCAUCUUCCGGGGCUACAUCAUUCAAUAUAACCUGGCGAAUGCAAUCGAGGCUGCUGAUGCUUACACAGUGUUUGCUCCCAACAACGAGGCCAUCGAGAAUUACAUCCGGGAGAAGAAGGUCACAAGUCUAGAGGAGAGUGUGCUCCGGUAUCAUGUGAUUCUGGAGGAGAAACUCCUGAAGAAUGACCUGCACAACGGCAUGCACCGGGAGACCAUGCUGGGAUUCUCCUACCUCCUUGGCUUCUUUCUCCAUAGUGACCAGCUCUAUGUAAAUGAGGCUCCAAUAAACUACACCAAUGUAGCCACUGACAAGGGAGUGAUCCACGGCUUGGGGAAAGUUCUGGAAAUUCAGAAGAAUAGAUGUGAUAGUAACAACACUACUAUUUUACAAGGGAAGUGUGGGAAGUGUCCCCCACAGCCUGCCUGCCCACCUGGAACUAAACCACUAGAUGCAAUCAUGCGGAAAUGUAUCUAUUACCGUUAUUUCAUGGGAAAGCGAACCUUUUUCUUCGGGUGCCAGUCAAAAUGCGUGAAAACUGUAAUUACAAGAGAAUGCUGUGCAGGCUUCUUUGGUCCCCAGUGCCAGCCCUGCCCAGGGAUAGCUGGGAACGUCUGCUUCGGAAACGGGAUCUGCUUGGAUGGCACAAACGGCACAGGCGUGUGUGAGUGUGGAAAGGGCUUCAGUGGCACAGCCUGUGAGACCUGCAUCGAGGGCAAUUACGGCAUCCACUGCGACCAAGCGUGUUCUUGUGUCCAUGGGAGGUGCAGCCAAGGACCCAUGGGUGACGGCUCCUGUGAAUGUGACGUUGGCUGGCGAGGAGUGAAAUGUGACAGUGAGAUCACAGAAGACAACUGCAAAGGAAUAUGCCACACCAGUGCCAACUGCCUUCUCGAUCCCAGUGGCACAGCCUCGUGCAAGUGUGCGGCAGGAUUCCAAGGGAACGGGACACUCUGCACAGCGAUCAACCCCUGUGAGACCAGCAACGGAGGCUGCUCCGCCAAGGCUGCCUGUAAAAGAACCACCCCAGGAAGCCGGGUGUGUGUGUGCAACGCAGGCUACACAGGAGAUGGCAUUGUGUGCUUAGAAAUCAAUCCGUGUUUGGAGAACAAUGGUGGCUGUGACAGGAACGCAGAGUGCACGCAGACGGGACCCAACCAGGCCGUCUGUAACUGUUUGCCGACAUACACUGGAAACGGCAAGAGCUGCACACUCAUCAACGUCUGCUUAACGAAAAAUGGCGGCUGUAGUCUGUUUGCCAUCUGCAGUCACACUGGAGAAGAAAGGAUCUGUACAUGCAAGCCAGGCUACCUGGGGGAUGGCUUUACCUGCCGUGGCAGCAUUUUUCAGGAGCUUCCCAAGGACCCCAAAACUUCCCAGUAUUUCUUCCAGUUGGAAGAACAUUCUGUGCGAGACCUCACUGGCCCAGGCCCCUUCACCGUCUUUGCACCUUUAUCUUCAGCCUUUGAUAAGGAAGCCCAGGUUGAAGAGUGGGACAAACAAGGCGUAAUGUCCCAGAUUCUGCGGUAUCACAUGGUUGCCUGCCACCAGCUGCUUCUGGAAAACCUAAAGCUGAUCCCAAAUGUUACUUCCCUGCAAGGGGAGUCAAUUGUCAUCUCUGUCUCUCAGGACAAAGUAUAUUUAAAUAAUGAAGCUGAGAUCAUAUCCAGUGAUAUCAUCAGUACCAAUGGAGUCAUCCACAUCAUAGACAAGUUGCUGUCUCCCCAAAACUUGCUUAUCACCCCCACAGAUGUCUCUGGAAAGAUUGUGCAAAAUCUCACAACGGUGGCACUAGAGCAUGGCUACAUCAGAUUUAGCAAAUUGAUGCAGGAUUUAGGCCUGCUGAGUGUCAUCACUGAUCCCAUCCAUACCCCAGUCACUCUCUUCUGGCCCACGGACCAAGCUCUCCAAGCCCUACCCUCUGAACAACAGGAUUUCCUGUUCAACCCGGACAACAAGGACAAGCUGAAGCAGUACUUGAAGUUUCAUGUGAUCCGAGAUGCCAAGGUUUUAGCGGUGGAUCUCCCUAGAUCUGCUCCCUGGAAGACCCUGCAAGGGUCACAGCUGAAUAUAAGGUGUGGAGCUGAUGGCGAUAUCGGCGAGCUCUUUCUGAACAAUCAAAGGUGCAGAAUCGUGCAGAGGCAGCUCUUGUUUGACCUGGGCGUGGCCUACGGCAUUGACUGUCUGCUGAUCGACCCCGGCCUGGGAGGACGCUGUGACACUUUUACUACUUUCGAUGUCUUGGGGGAUUGUGGGAGCUGUGUCAAUACUCCCAGCUGCCCGUCAUGGAGCAAACCAAAGGAUGUGAAACAAAAGUGUCUCUACAACCUGCCCUUCAUGAAGAUAGUGGAAGGCUGCCAACAGCAGUGCACCAUGGUGAUGCAGCUCCCCAAGUGCUGCAAGGGGUACUUCGGGAUAGACUGUCAGGCCUGUCCUGGAGGCCCAGAUAACCCGUGUAAUAACAGGGGCAUCUGCCUCGAUGACUACUUCGCCACAGGAGAGUGUAAAUGCAACACCGGCUUCAACGGGACGGCGUGUGAGCUGUGCUGGCCGGGGAGAUUCGGGCCUGACUGUCAGCCCUGUGGCUGCUCGGACCAUGGACAGUGUGACGAUGGCCUCACAGGCUCCGGGCAGUGCCUCUGUGAAACGGGGUGGACCGGCCACUUCUGCGACACUCAGGCAGAUUUGCCCCCAGUGUGCACCCCUCCUUGUUCCACUGAUGCCGUCUGUAAGGAGAACAACACAUGUGAGUGUAACCUGAACUAUGAAGGUGAUGGCAUCACGUGCACAGUUGUAGAUUUCUGCAAACAGAACAACGGGGGCUGUGCGAAGGUUGCCGUGUGCUCCCAGAAGGGCACAGCCGUCUCCUGCAGCUGCCCAAAGGGCUACAAAGGGGAUGGCCAUAGCUGCACAGCGAUAGACCCCUGCAUGGAUGGCCUCAACGGUGGGUGCCACGAGCAUGCCAUCUGCAAGAUGACUGGCCCGGGCAAGCAGAAGUGUGCAUGCAAAAGUCACUACGUGGGAGACGGACUGGACUGUGAGCCGGAGCAGCUGCCCCUUGACCGCUGCUUACAGGAUAACGGAAAGUGCCACGCGGAUGCCAACUGUGCCGACCUCCACUUCCAGGACACCACCAUUGGCGUGUUCCACUUACGCUCCCCACUUGGCCAGUAUAAACUGACCUUUGACAAAGCCAAAGAGGCCUGUGCCAACGAAGCCGCAACCAUAGCAACCUACAACCAGCUCUCCUAUGCCCAGAAGGCCAAGUACCACCUCUGCUCGGCCGGCUGGCUGGAGGGGGCGCGAGUGGCCUACCCCACGGCCUACACCUCCAAGAACUGUGGCGGGGGCCUUGUUGGGAUAGUAAACUACGGAUUGAGAAACAAGAGUGAAAAGUGGGAUGUUUUCUGCUACCGGAUGAAAGAUGUGAACUGCACCUGCAAGGUGGGCUACGUGGGUGAUGGCUUCUCAUGCAGCGGGAACCUCCUGCAGGUCCUGAUGUCCACCCCUUCGCUCACAAACUUCCUGACAGAAGUGCUGGCCUACUCCAGGAGCUCAACCAGAGGCCAGGCAUUUCUGAAACACCUGACAGACCUGUCGAUCAGCGGCACUCUCUUCGUGCCACAGAACGGCGGGCUGGGGGAAAAUGAGACCCUGUCUGGGCGGGACAUCGAGCACCACUUUGCUAAUGUCAGCAUCCUUUUUUACGAUGACCUCAUCAAUGGUACCGUCCUGCAAACAAGGCUGGGAAGCCAGCUGCUCAUCACGUCCAGUCGAGACCAGCUCCAUCCGAAGGAGACCAGGUUUGUCAGUGGAAGAGCCAUUCUGCAGUGGGACAUCUUUGCCUCCAAUGGGAUCAUUCAUGUCAUCUCUGGGCCUUUGAAAGCACCCCCUGCCCCUGUGACUUCAGCCCAUGCCGGCUUGGGAACCGGGAUAUUCUUUGCCAUCCUCCUGGUCAUUGGAGCAAUUGCUUUGGCUGCAUAUUCUUACUUUCGGCUCAACCGGAGAACGAUCGGCUUCCAGCAUUUUGAGUCGGAAGAGGAUAUCAACGUUGAAGCUCUCGGCAAGCAGCAGCCUGAGAAUAUCUCGAAUCCCAUGUAUGAGAGCACAACCUCGGUUCCGCCAGAACCUUCCUGCGACCCUUUCGCAGACUCUAACGAACCGCAGUCUGACAGCAACGACCCCCUAGGGGGGCUUUGAGGACCCAGACCUCAGCCAUCACCUCCUCAAGAAGGCUGUCAACUGUGAAUUCUCAGCCCCAGUUGCCUUUGGGGAAGGGAAGUUCCUUCACCAUUUUAAAGGAUGAAGCACUUGGAAGCUACACCUCUUCUCUUUGGUUAAUCCGUGGGGGUGGAGGGUGGAGGUGGGAUUUUGUUUCUCUGGGUGAAGGACCAUGUAGUAACAUGGUUCCCAGCCAUCCAUCAGCAAAGGGUGUCUUCUCCCGCCUCUGGCCCUCCAUUGCCCUCCUCUAUACCUUUCAGAUGGCACUAAUUACAUUCUGCCCUUCUUAUGGGUAUCUGUGAGCUUGUCCUAUUUCCCUGUUAGACUGUAAGCUCCAAAAGGCAGGACCUGGGUCUCAUUCAUCUUUGUAUCCCAGCACCUGGCACAGUGUCUGGCACAUGAAAUGUGCUCAUUCAAUGUUUAUGGAACAGAAAUAAAGUCAAACAGAACAAAUCUAGUGUUUGGGGAAACAAAAACUGGUCACCACAGGAGGAAUAGAACAUUGAAGGCAAAACCCACAUAUUAGAGCUAAUCAGAGCCUCAAUUAGUCAACGUCUGCCUUAUGGAAUUCUUUCUUAAUGCAGUUUCUUGUCUACUUUAAGAAGACAUGAUGACCACAAUGAGAUGCCCCUUCACACCCAUGCCAAUGGCUGUAAUCACAAAGAUGGACCAUAACAAGUGUUGGCGAGGGUAUAGAAAAAUAGGAACCCUUGUACGUUACUAGCGGGAAUGUAAAAUGGAGCAGCCACUUGGGAAGCCAGUUUGGCAAUUCCUCACAAAGUUUUAACACAGAGCGACCAUAUGCCUCAGCAAUUCUACUCCUAGGUCUCUAUCAGAGAGAAAUGAACACGUAUGUCCACACAGAAACUUGUACACGAGUAUUCACAGCAGCAUUAUUUAUAAUAACCAAAAAGUAGAAACAGCCAAAUGUCCAUUGGCGGAUGAAUGGAUAAUCCAAUGUGGUAUAUCCUUGCAAGGGAAUAUUAUUCAGCCCUAUAAAGAAAUGAAGUAUUGUUAACAUGCAAUAACAUGGGUGAACCUUGAAAACAGUAUGUUAAGUGAAAGGAGCCAGGUACAAAAGGCCGCGUGUUAUAUGAUUCCAUUU